CCGCGGAUGUCCACAGCGGCUAACAAGGGGCCCGCACAAGCAUGCGGCGCAGUCGGUCUUCAACCGGCGCUUGCGCGCCCGUCCCCUCAUCGGAAUUUUGACUAAGCGCGUUCUGCGUAGGUAUAAAAUACGUCACUCAUGAAUGCAAAGGCGGCAGUAGGAGUCGUGGUUGUUGCCGCGCUGUGCUUUCCGCGGGGAAGUGGCGUUGGUGCGUUUCGGGAACAGGCGCCUCGCCUGGAGGGGAACGGAUACACGGACAUUGUUGUGCGCCUGCCCCACGGCCUGAACCACAGCGAUCCUGGAGAAUUCUUCGGACAGCUGGAGAGGCUGCUUCGCCGUGCGUCAGGCAAGCUUCUCCAAGCAUCCGACGGCCUGUGGUACUUCAGAGGCGUACGUGUGGUCGUGCCACCCGAGAUGGAGACUCCUCGGAACCUGCUGUUGCAAGACGCCACCUGGGAGCUUUUCAACGAUGCUCACAUCGUUCUCACCAAGCAAGGCAGCAAGUGCAAGGCUCGACAAAGCAGAGGCUGCGGCGAACGGGGCGACCUCGUAGCGCUACCUGUGAGCGCACUCGAUGCAUCCGUGGACAUUGAUGCGGCGGCGUCCUCGCUCGUUCGUAGCUGGGCCCAGUUUCGCUAUGGGGUUUUUGAAGAGACGGCGUUCGGCUCCAGGCCGCAGUGGUGCUUCUACGACGGAUCUUUCUGGCGUCCCACCGGCUGCUACACGACGAAUGUCACUGCACGGCCUUAUCUGAAUACGGAGGGCAUAUGGGAAUGCUCGAAAAAGGACGUGGGCAUGAAGCAGAUUUUUCAGUCUGCAAGCGAACCGGCAUCAUCGUUGAUGUUCACGUCAAGCAUACAAAAGGUGCAGAAAUUCUGCGAUGCCCGCGGUAACCACAGCCACCUCCAUUGGGCUCCCACAAAGCAUAACGCGAUGUGCAAGGCGCGCAGCGUAUGGGAAGUCAUCAGGGAUUCUCCCGACUAUUCACCAAACAUUCAGCCUCUAUCCAUGCAACCGGCUACUCUGUUCGAUUACGUCAAGCCACGGACACAUCGCUACUUCUAUGUAGUGCAAGCCUGCGCACCUGAUCCCACGGAUUCAGUGUACAGUAAAAUCAUGGCGUCAAUAAACGAGGGGCUGCGGCGCUUUCUGUACGUGGCCCCACGUGCUUCAAACUGGAACCUUGUACUUCUGGACGGCGGCAACAUCACAGCAUCUGCUGAAAGCGGCUUUGACAGCAGAAAUACCACGUGGCAAGCAAGAUGGGAGUACCUAAGGGAGCUUGACCGAAGUGUCAAGUACACCUGCACGAACCCGGACGUCGACAGCUUCGUUAAAAUUAUUCCGAAGGUGGCGCAAAACGAGGCUACAACGGUGAUCGCGCUGCUGCACAGCGAUUCCGCCCCAGCAGGGGUCGUCAAAGCACUAACCGCGAUUCGCACGGUGCGUCUCGUCCUCAUCCUGUUUCACACGGCUGCGACGCCCCAGCACUCGACCUGGAGAUCGGCUGUGCUGCAAGCCAACCAUCUCUUCAUGGUGCCCGCAGCUUCUAGUCAGGAGUCCAUGGCGGCUCUGGUUGACCUGGCCCUACACACGGCGCACCACACGACGGCAGAUCUCGACGGAGACGUGAUCAAGGUAUUCCAGAAGACAGACGUGAAUCUACGAAAUGGCAUCAGCGGCAACUUCAGCUUCAAGUCAUUCGAUUCCGACGCGCUCUCGUUCAUCGUAGCCUGCCCUGACGUGUACAGCAUUGAAGAAGGUGACGUCACCUUCAACGGGACAGUGGUACCAUCUCACCGGGUCAAGAUGUCUAUGUUUGCCACGGAACAGAUGCUCACUGAGGAUCCAGACAUCGUGAACGUUGAUUAUGCGGUCAGGGCACGGCAAAUCAGCCAACGCUGUUCAUUCAUGGCAAGCAUUCGCAGCUCAGUGCAAGAACCAAGAGUCCGCCUGCGUGGAUGGUUCCGCAGAAACAGAGUAGACAUGCCGCUUCCGCAAAUCCUGUACGCCGAACUCCUAUACGGCGAGCAAGCUGUUAAGGGAGCCAAUGUGGAGGCUGUCGUCUACCACGUAGCGCAGGACACUGUCACCAUUACAGUCGUCCAGCUUCGGGACAAUGGACUUCUGGAGCCGGACGUGACCAAGGGCGACGGCGUGUACAGCGGCUACUGUUUGGCUGCAUCCCGGCAAGGUGGCUGGUACAGUGUCCUGUUGAAGGCCACGGGCAACUACGCGACGUCCGUCGGCUCCGACGCAAGCCACGGCGCUUCCUUCCAGAGGGAGGAGUUCGUGGGCUCAUUCUGGGCCUCAGAGCAAAACAAGGCGCCAUUUCCGCCUGGCACAGUGCGUGACCUGAGCGUCAAACGUAUCGAACUGCCCAACGUCACUUUGGUGUGGUCAGCUCCCGGAAACGAGUACGACAGCGGCGACGGUGCGGGCUCCACCUACGAACUCCGUUACUCCCUGGACCAACGACAUCUGUUAAACGAUUUCGCUAACCAACCGAGUAUUGAAUUCAAGCAAGAGCAAAAGUUCGGGGAUCAUGAAUCGGCCUCUUUGCCGCUUCCAGAUCGAAAUUACGAUAAGACGGUGGCUUAUUAUUUCGCGCUACGAACGAAGAACAAGGAGCGCCGCUACAGCGACAUCUCGAACAUUGUGGCGGUUGUGGUAGAAGGCCGCUUGGGAAUGACCACAGCUGAUCCCGAGAAUAACAGCAUCGGCGAGAAUACCUCCGUCAUCUUAAACGCCACCGCAACAAAAGCUGUGAGCGACGCUGUACCAAAUAGCACAGCAGAGACUGUGCUGACUCCAGGUGACAUCACGUCAUCUUCAGUCCUCUUGUAUUUCAACCACUUCACUGAGCAGCAGUUCUACAUUGUAGUUGCCGGCGUGGCAGGCGGGUUUGUCUUGCUCGUUCUCCUGGUCAACUGUAUAAUAUGCCUGAUCUGCCUGCGGCGUCGAAGGUCCGACGGCAAACGACGGGACACUGAGUGCGUCGUUAUCGAGAACGCAGUUGGUCCCGAUAAGCCCAUCAAUGCAUACGAAGAACGCACUAGAUUCGAUGCACCGGAAGCCGUUGGAGCAUUGCGUAAGAAGCUAUCCAACUUAUCCCAACGUCGGGAUCGCGCCAACAAUACCACGCUCGAUAACUCACCGGGUGCGUCUGUGGCUGUGGCUCCUUUGUCGACUAAGGAUAGUGAACACGAUACGCCUAUCGCUCUUGAACCGUUGAAUGAGCAGGCGCAGCCAAAUUCCGGUGCUCCCUGCGCCAUGCCUCGAGGUGUAACGAAAGAGAAGCCGCGAAGCAUUGGCACGGUAGCUGCCGAGUCCAGGGCGAACAACACAAGACAGGCAGCACCAGUAACGUUAGCACCGGAGCACAUGCUGCAGCGCCGGGCGUCCGGCUCAAUACGCUCUUCCAAGAGGUCAAACGCCUCUUCACGCGUAACAAGGGUGUCGGACAGGUCGACACGAACGGAUAGAAGCAAAGCACCGGGCCCUACCGACCACGCAAGAAAGCGCAGUGGUGAUUAUUACGACCUGGGAGUUGUCUAACACACGCCGUGGGUC